AUGACCAACAGCUCUGCGGCAGGCACGCCUGGGCCAGGCCACCAUUUAUCUCGGUUGUCGCGAGAUAAUACGCCUUGCGACGACCUGCGCCCGUUUCUCAUCGCGGAGCUUUACGCCAAAGACAUCAAACACGGCGACUGCCACACCAUGUGGUGGGGGUGCCAUUACGGACGCGUUGAUGUUAUCGAGACUGCCAUCAAGCAUGGUGAACCUGAGAACCGACAUUUUGCCAAAGAACACCUCAUUUCGACCUUCAGCCGUCGCCUAAGUCCUCUCGUUGUGGCAAUCCGCGCUCUUCAACUUGGUUCAGUCAAGUGCCUACUAGCACAUGGCGCAGAUGUCCACCAGCCGGAUAAGUCUCCGAUUCUUGCGGUUGAGUUCGGUUGGGAUCGAUGCCGUUGUUGGUACCCCAUUCACUGGAUUUUUUCACAGGAAAUGCCACACGACGACCCCAAACAUGCCAUGACACGUUACGAUAUUCUGAGUACUCUAUUGAAGGCAGGUGCUGAUGUAAACGAGGUUCCCUCAAUUUGUGAUGAGACAAGCUGGAUGGAGGAUGUGGACAAUGAUAAUAUUCCGGUCUUCGAGGUGGAUGAAGGCGCCCCCAUCUCAAUGGCUAUGACUCCAGGUAUCUCAGUCGAUAUCGUUUACCUGCUAUUGUGUCGAGGUGCCGAUGCGAUACAAAUUCAUCAACUAGCAAUAGAGACCUCCGUUUCCGGCAAUGCGUUGGAGAUCCUGCUUCAGCUGCCGGACUCUUGGUUAACGGUUGAGGGGCUUCACAAGUUUUGGAUGGUUCUAAAUCACGAUCGUACCAGAUUGAUGCCCCUCAUUCAGAACCUACUCCCGCACAUCCUGGACAGUCAUCCGACACCCUGGAAACUCAAACUACUUCAAGAGCUUCACGAAUACCAGUGGUUGAAACCGAGUCAGCUGAUGGAUCCUGUUGGGCCUUUCCCAGAUGCCCUGGGCGCCGCCGCCGCAAUCAUUGAGUUCGGCUUGGGACCAGAUUGGGACGACAUACUGAUGGAAGCAACGGGUAGGCCGAUGGUGCACGUUGUUGCAGACAUGUUCACCUUCAUCUUGGACAGCGGCGCUACUUUCCUGCCCGAGAUUCUGUCGAGAGCCAUCUUCGCUCUUUGCGCGGUUGGUGAUCAAGUUUUAGACACAAUUAUUGCGCAUCUGAUCAAACAUCACAACGACAAUGCCCCCGUCACUAUCCGUGGUGAUGAUAAAAACAUUGCAAAGAGCAACCUCCUUUCGCUGCAUGACAACAAAGGCAGAACCGCGCUACACAUUGCUAUAGACUACUACGACUUCCCAAGCAAGCGUGAAGGAAAUUACAAACCCACCACGAGAGUGUCGAUGUUGUUGCGUGCUGGAGCGCCGGUAAAUGCAAAGGACGGUCAAGGGAGGCGUCAAUUGGGUCAAGCUUGUUCUCGUUUCAAGUACUUGAAUGGUGCCGUCGAAGUCAUCAACACCCUUUUGGACGCUGGAGCAGACGUUGAUGCAAUAUCGGAUGGGGAGAUUCCUCUCAUGAUUAUGUUAAGGCACCUUCUGAAUUCCUACACUGGAUUUGAGUAUUCAUCAAAUGGAUCUGAAGCUUUGGCAGCUGCCAAAGAGAUUGUGCAGACCCUGAUUCAGUCAGGAGCUGACCCUCAAACUUCGAUCAACGGCGGUGCUGGAAGCCCACUUAAUUUCGCCAAGGGACAGUUGGCCAAGGCAGAGCGUUCGUGGUAG